AAAAAAAAAAAACACGAAGAAAGGUAUAUCGCUUCGUAUUGUCGCAGAGUUGAGAGUUCUUUCCGACAACGUCGACGGCAGGAUCUCCUCUCUCAUCUUCCACCGUCUUCCUUUUCUUCUUCUUUCACUGUUAUCUCUCUACAAUCUGUGGCAGCGGGCACCAAUCUUCAAUGGAGGAACUCAAUUUUUUGUAGUAGGACUGCUCGAUCGAUUCUUAAUUGGAGAGGCAGCCUCUACAGAACACCAAGUCCUCGCGAUUGUCGUCUCCACACUAUACAGUAAACGAUCGAAUUGCAAUUGGCAUGGCUGAUUACUCCAAGGACGACGUCGUUCAGCUGAUCAAGCGAUUCGGCGCUUUUCUCACCGUCAAGAUUUCCAAUCUCUUCCGUUCCAUGGAUACAAAAUCUGUUGGGGCUUUGGCAGGUCUUGCAUUAGCAAUAGUGUUUACCUGGAGACUAUUGAGAUCACCUAGUGGCACUCAAAGGAGACGACCAAAACGACAAGCUGCACCGUCUAGUAGUUCUGGUGCAAGUAGUCAUACAAAUGCAACUAUAACAACUUCUGUUGUUAACCCAUCAUCAGAUGAUUCAAGAGCGCAAAAUGUUAUUGAUGAGUUUUUUCAGCCUGUAAAGCCAACCCUGGGGCAAAUAGUCAGGCAGAAGCUGAGUGAAGGGAGGAAGGUAACCUGUCAGUUACUUGGUGUGAUCCUUGAGGAAACUACCCCUGAGGAGCUUCAGAAACAAGUAACAGUGAGAUCCUCUGUCCUGGAAGUAUUGCUUGAAAUCACCAAAUAUUGUGAUCUUUAUCUCAUGGAAAGAGUUCUAGAUGAUGAAAGUGAAAAAAAGGUCCUCUUGGCUUUAGAAGAUGCUGGGGUAUUUACAUCUGGUGGCUUGGUGAAGGACAAGGUUCUCUUUUGUAGCACUGAGAAUGGGCGAAUAUCGUUUGUUAGGCAACUGGAACCGGAUUGGCAUAUUGACAUAAAUCCCGACAUUGUAACGCAGUUAGCGAGAUUCAUCAAAUACCAGCUUCACAUCUCACCAACCAAGCCGGAACGAAUGGCCGCAAACGUUUUCAACUCGCCCUCCUUGGAGCAGUUCUUCGGAUGCGUUUAAUUAGCCUCGGCGCAAAAGUAGCAAAAAAGGGGUUUCGAUACAUUUUGCAACUUGCUUUUAGGGUCUUUCUCUUUGGAUUUUAAAACUUUGUUCAAGGGUCAUGCCCAUCUUUAAUGCCUUGCAGUUGCAAGAUUUCAAGUAACAGGCAUGCACUGUGUAUUAUUCUGGUAUUCAUUCAUAUGGUGUUUGUGUAUUACAAUUAUUAAGGAUUUGACUUGCUGCAAAUGCUGAAGGCAAAAAAGGCCGGAUCUUUAUAUUUGUUGAA